CCUACAAGUAUGACCACCACUGACAUGAGCAUGGGCAAGAUCAUCCUCUACGAGGACAGGAACUUCCAGGGUCGUUCCUAUGAGUGCAUGAGCGAUUGUGCUGACAUGUCCUCCUACCUGAGCAGGUGCCAGUCCUGCAGGGUAGAGAGUGGCUGCUUCAUGGUCUAUGACCGCCCCAACUUCAUGGGAAACCAGGUUUUCAUGAGGAGGGGCGAGUACGCUGACCCAAUAAGCAUGAUGGGAAUGAGCAGUGGUAUCAGGUCCUGCCGUGUGAUCCCAAUGCACAGAGGUCAGUUCAGGAUGAGGAUCUAUGAGAGGGAAAACUUCAAUGGUCAGAGCAACGAGCUGGUUGAUGACUGCGACAACAUCAUGGAGCGCCUCCGUAUGUCUGACUGCUUGUCCUGCAAUGUGAUGGAUGGCCACUGGCUGCUGUUCGAGCAGCCCCACUUCAGAGGCAGGAUGGUGUACCUGAGGCCUGGAGAGUACAGGAGCCUCAGGGAACAGGGCAUGAACCUCUCAAGGAUCAUGAGCAUGAAGCGCAUCUUGGACAUGUGCUAA